CCGAUAUCUUUGAAGCAAAGGUAUAGUCGAAAGACGAAUGUGAAGUCGAAUGGUGCUGAGAACUUUCUCUUCCUCUCCAUGUCGGGGACGACGGAGCGUUCGCGUGCAGAGUAUUGAUCGUGUCCGGGAUAAACCAUAUUCGGCUUGCAGGACUACUGUCAGCCAUAACCAUAGUUCUCGGAUCAAGUAGUAUGAGAGCCCAUCUAUCGGUUUCUUAUGAAGACCUGCGCCCUCUGGUGCACCACAUCAUCGUCAGGCUGAGAUGGAUUACAGGGUGCUGUUUCCGACACAAACAGGCUAGGAGAAUUCCCGGGACACUACUGCAAGCAUCUCCACAGCCGGAGCUUCAUCGUCUUUGAUCGUUACCGUGCCUACAGCCAUGGACAUGCGCUUAAACGUCUCCCGUGCGUGAACUAAGCUCGUGCAUGGGCUGAGUAGUGGUUGGCUAGGCCCGAAGCGACAUGUGCAAGCCACUGGCGGCGGGCUACGUCAUGGCUCUCGGUGUGGAGUGGAUUCAGAACCCCACCACCCACCCCUCUGUGGUGUACCAGCACCGCAAUCCUGCUCUUGUGAUGCCAGCCGCGCCCGCAUAUAUCACACCCGCUAUGCAACCGCCCGCCCCGACAAUUAGAUCGCUCCUUCCGUCCUGUCCGCCGCGCAGGCAGCGCUAUCCGCACCCUCGACUCCACCACAGCCGCAUCGCCGUGGCCUGCCUUUGAAUCGUGUUCGCGCACGCCAAU